GUUUGCGUUCCUUCUCUCCAGCUGAGACCUCACUUACCUGCCUCGUCUUCGAAACCGGCCGGCCCCUCGCGCAGACCUCGCCCUUCCCUUCGCCCGGCCCCCGUCGGCCGGAAAGCGGGCACAGUCGAGUGAAGAAUCGAGGAAAAGCACGGCUCGCAGUCGGCCGAGCAGGUUGCACCAACCGUCCGUCCCACCUUGUCCGAGUGUCCGCACCGGUGACCGCCGUGUCGUACAGCGAGACACCGCGACGGGCGAGGCUUAGCAGUGUCGGCCAUACCGCUGAAGGCACACGAGAAGCAGACGACCAGUAAGAAACAGAAAGCGCCCGGCAGCAGACGACACAAUGGACAUAAUUUCCAGAUUCCUGCGGUACCUCUUCUGGAGGGCUCCCGCGCCGCCCAACCGGCUGCGUGAGGUCCUUCUCAACUUCUCCGUGGAGCUGCACAAACAGCAGCUGGCCGAGCAGGACGCCCUUUUCCGGGACAACGUCCUCAGCGCCCCGUUCGCCAUCGCGCUGGCUCUCACGGCCACACACGCCGGCAGCGGGAAGGCUACUGCGGCGCAGAUCGCCAAGGCCCUCCGACUGCCCGAAGAGCUCAUCGAGGAGGUACGCCAAGAGUUCACGGACAUGACACAGCGCCUGGCCGACUGUGGUCCGGACUUUCGCAUCCACCUCGCCAAUGCCAUCUUCGCCGACAGCAGCUUGAACGUUCCGAACGACUACUGCGAUCUCGUCGAGUCCGCGUACGACGGCGCCGUCAAACAGGUCGACUUCCGGAGUGACCCCAACGCCGCCCGCGCGGUCAUCAACUCCUGGGUCGAGGAGAAGACCAAGUGCAAGGUGACCGACAUCGUCCAGUCCGGCCAGGUGGACGCACGCACCUCGCUACUGCUCGUCAACGCCAUGUACUUCACGGGCUUCUGGGACUCCCACUUCAACCCACAGUACACGGCGCUCCGCCCAUUCCACGAGACCAAGGACAAGACCACCAUGGUCGAGAUGAUGUACCAGCGAAAGAACUACAAGACCAGCUGCUGCGACAAGCUCGAAGUGGACGCGCUGGAAAUGCCAUUCGUGGGCAAGAAGCUCUCCAUGGUCAUACUGCGGCCGCAAAAGGUCGACGGCCUCGACCGCCUCGAGAAGAAGCUGACGCCGGCCCUGCUGGAGGACCUGCUCAAGUCGCUCGGAGAGGACCACGACGUCGAGAUCUACCUGCCCAAGUUCAAGCUCGAGCACACCUCCAGCGUUCGCGGUGCUCUGGAGACGCUGGGGAUCCAGGAUCUGUUCACGGACCGGGCUGACCUCGGAGGGGUCACCAAGACCCCCGGGGUCAGGGUCACCGGUGUCGAGCACAAGGCGGUGGUCGAAGUGGACGAAGACGGCGUCGAGGGCCUUUUCCUCACGCCGCUUAUCAUGAUGUGCUACGCGGGCGUCAGCUUCAACUACAACGUGAACCGGCCAUUCAUGUUCCUCAUCCGCAGCUGUGAUCCGGACGUGAUCAUGUACAUCGGAUCGGUGCGGCGUUUCUAGAGGGCGAUGGCCUUUUUGUUGGUGUGCGUAGUGCAAUUCCUGCGCGUGCGUAUCUUUCGUGGCAUCGUGCGUUUCUUUUUCAUUUUUUUAUUGUAUACGCUGCGCGCUGGGAUUGGUGGACCGAACGAGACUGUGCUGCAGGGUGUGACGGAAUGGUGGUGCGGCAAGUUGUGCAAGAUGAUUUUUUCGAGGAGCCUCGGUAACCACUUUCUUCGGAUGUGACGUCAUCGUCGCCGCCGCUUGAUGUCGAGGUUGUGACAAGAGGCCGUUCAGUGUACAAGUUCAGAUCACUAUACAGUACAAGCAAGGACCUGCCACUGGUGAAACUAUUCUGGAGCCGUCUUCGAUGCUACUUCUAGGCAAACGAUAGGACGCGACAGCGCCAUCCUCGUCCUUGAGAUACACGGGUGGUGUAUCCGCAGCUCUGAUAUAACGCGUGUGUGACUUUAAUAAGCAAUAUGCCGGCGCGUAUCGCUAGACCUCUGGAGUGAACAAAACGGAUUACCAGUCAUGCAGAGCCCUUACCCAACUGUUCUCUGCCCAAGCCUGCGCCGUUGCUCUGAGUUAACACGUUUACUGCUGUAGUUGCAGCAAUAGACUGUCUCAGAUUGGUGCAUUUUUUCCCCCGUUUGUUCGCACCGAAUGAAAACUCUGGCAAUUGUUUCGUGCACUGGAAAUCCCAAUUUUCUUUCUUACAAAAAGAGACUUUAUACACUUGCACAAUUAUGUGUAUGUUUCAUAAAUGCAAUGACCUAAA